AUGGCAACAAUACAAGGAGCAUUAGAUCUAGUAAAGAAAGCAGUGUCACUUGAUAAUAGUGGCAAACAACAAGAAGCCAUUUCAGUAUAUGCAUUGGCAAUAGAACAUCUUCGUCAGAUAUUCGAUCGUGGAGGAGUUGAUGCCCAAACACGUGAACUCUUGUCCCAGAAAAUACAAGAGUACACUAAACGUGUAGACUAUCUCAAGAGUUCAUUAAACUUGCAUGCUCCGACAAUGACCUCUUCUCCUCUAUCUGCUACUUCUCCUACUUCAUCAUCAUCAGUUGACUCUUUUCCUUCACUUCCACCAUUACAAUCUUCAUCGUCAUUUUCAUCACCUCCUUCUCGUAUGUCAAAAGAUCAAUUAAUUCAAAAUGCAUUGAAUCAUGCCAAUAUGGGAGUUAAAUGUGAAUCAGAGAAUAGAAUAGCAGAUGCAGUUGAUAAUUACCAAAAAUCAUCUGAAUAUUUACAUGAAGCAUCAUUACUUGAACAAUCGAUUGAAAAUAGAUUACAAUUUUUACAAAAGAAACAAGAAUAUCAAUCAAGAGCAGAGCAAUUAAAGAGUUCUCCAUUCUAUAUAUCUCAAACAUCCUCCUCCUCCUCCAAUACAUUUUCAUCGGAUGUUCCAUUCCCACAAGUUGACGAUAUCGAUAUGUCAGCAUACAACAAUAUAGAAUUAUCAUCCAAUGCCUCAGAGUUUAUUGAUAUGGCGAUCAACUAUACAUCAGAGGCCAUCAAAGAAGACGAUAUUCACAAUUUUGGAAAAGCUAUCCAACUUUAUCUAUUAUCAAUUCAAUAUUUUCAGGCUGCUCUUCAGUACGAAACAAAUGAUAAAAUUAGAACAUUGAUUGGAGAGAAAUUAACAAACAAUAGAAUAAGAUCUGAAUUUUUAAAGAAUAAGAUUAAUUAUCAAGGACAAGCAAGCGAUGUUCAAGCUAUUCCAUUUGCUCUUAAACCUGGUGGUAAAUAUAAAGAUCCAGUUCGUAAGAAAACUGUAAUGGAAAAGUUGGUCAAAACAAUUAAAGGUCCAAAAAAUAUUUCAGAUCAUUGGUUAUAA